AACCCCACCCGCUUUCAUCCCCUCUCUCAAGUCACAACUUGGUCUUACAACCUCGUCGCUGGGAUCGAUGUUGAGAAAUAAAGUGGAAAAUGCAUGAAGGAGCGGGCUGUGCUUUCGAGCCUUUGUAACAGGCUGUUUUUGGACUGUUGAUUGUCAAGUUUGUUUGUUUGUUUUGUCUCGCUCUGUGGUGCGGCUUGGGCCCCCCGGGCAGGAGCUAGAAGAUGAGUGACAACGACAUCCUUGAGAUGGACUCCGUGUCUGAGACGGAGGAGCUGGAGAGAGACGCGGACCUGGGAAUGAUAGAGGAGGAAGUCGUUUAUCCUCAGGAGUUUUUACCAACAUAUGAAACGAUAGAAGAAGGAGCCUCAGUGGCCAAAGCAGAGGAGGCGGAGUUUAACAACAAACCAGACUCUUUGUUCUUCAAUGACGGCGUGAGGCGGAUCGACUUUGUUCUGGUCUACGAGGAUGAAGACAAGAAGGAAUUUGAGAAGAGGCACACAUUCCUACGACGCAAGCGGCGGCGGGAGUACUUUGAGGCCAGCUUGAUGAAGAUGGGAAUGGAGUUGGAAGCCACUAGAUCUGUCAUAGAUGAGAAACUGAUGUUCGUCAAGAUCCACAUGCCAUGGGACGUCCUGUGCACCUACGCCGAGGUCCUGCACAUCAAGCUUCCUAUCGAGCCCAACGACCUGUCGUCCCGCCCCUCCCCGUGGCGCUUCUUCUCCUGCAUCACCAAGCACUUCUACCCCAGUGAGGACCUGAUCACCAAGGAGACGGAGUUCUUCACCGCCCCCUUCGAGAAAAACCGCCUAGAGUAUUUCUACGUGAAGGACAGGGACCAGUUCUUCACCCAGUCCAUGAGGAGCAGGAUGGCGUACUACAUCCUGAGCCGAGCGCCCUAUGAAAUACGAGGGAAAAUAAAGAAGUUUGGCAUUACAAAGUUGCUGGAUGGUGGAGUGUAUAAAGCUGCCUAUCCUCUCCAUGAUAGCAGGUUCAAUGUCAGGUCCAAAGAAGAGGGCUGCCCCAGUGAGAGACUCUUACUCUAUGAAGAAUGGGCUCACCCCAAGAGCUUCUACAAAAUGCAACCACUGGACCUUAUCAGGAAGUACUACGGGGAAAAGAUCGGCAUCUACUUUGCCUGGCUGGGUUUCUACACGGCCAUGCUCGCUUUCGCCGCCAUCGUGGGACUCGGUUGUUUCAUUUAUGGGUUCAAAACUCAAGACACAAGCACUUGGAGCAAAGAGGUGUGUCACCCUGAGAUAGGAGGAGCCAUCGUGAUGUGCCCACAGUGUGACAAAGACUGCACUUACUGGAGGUUAAACAGCACCUGUGAAACUUCAAAAAAACUUUGCAUAUUUGAUAACUUUGGAACCCUGGUGUUUGCUGUUUUUAUGUCAAUCUGGGUUACGCUGUUCCUGGAAUUCUGGAAGCGCUACCAGGCGGAGCUGGAGUACGAGUGGGACACCGUGGAGUUCCUGGAGCAGGAAGAGCAGCCUCGUCCGGAAUACGAAGCCAAGUGUAUCCACGAGAGGAUAAACCCUAUCACACGAGUGAAAGAAAAAGUGCCUUUUACAGCUUGUGGUCGGUGUAUUCGUGUGUCUUUAGGGAUGGGGACCGUCCUGUUCUGGCUUCUGUUGAUCCUGGCGUCCGUGGUGGCCAUCAUCGUGUACCGCCUGGCUGUGUUCUUCUCCUUCUCGAAAAAACUCAGAGCUCAGGACCUGAAGGAGCUGGAGCCUUUCAAGGAGUACGUGACGCCGCAGAUGGCCACCUCCGUCACAGCCUCCAUCAUUAGCUUCGUCGUCAUCAUGAUCCUCAACAUUCUCUACGAGAGAGUUGCCAUCUGGAUCACCGACUUCGAGCUCCCACGGACCAAGACGGAGUACGAGAACAGCUUGACUCUGAAGAUGUUCCUGUUUCAGUUCGUCAACUACUACUCCUCCUGCUUCUACAUCGCCUUUGCCAAGGGGAAGGUGGUCGGCUACCCCGGACAACCUGUUUAUCUACUGGGGAAGUACCGGAACGAGGAGUGUGACCCCGGGGGCUGUCUGAUUGAGCUGACCACUCAGCUCACCGUCAUCAUGGGUGGAAAAGCCAUCUGGAAUAACAUUCAGGAGGUCCUAAUGCCGUGGGUGAAGAACCUGAUAUUCCGCUACUGCACCCGAGUGGGUUCAGAGAAGGUGAUUCCUCGCUGGGAACAGGACUAUCAGCUCCAGCCAAUAGGAAAAUUAGGAUUGUUCUAUGAAUAUCUUGAAAUGGUGAUCCAGUUUGGCUUUGUGACCCUGUUUGUGGCCUCCUUCCCCCUGGCUCCAGUCCUGGCGCUGGUCAACAACCUGUUUGAGAUUCGGGUGGACGCCUGGAAGAUCACUACUCAGUUUCGCCGCAUAGUGCCAGAGAAGGCCCAGGAUAUAGGGGCCUGGCAGCCCAUCCUCCAAGGCGUUGCCAUCUUGGCUGUGGCCACAAAUGCGAUGAUCAUUGCUUUUACAUCAGACAUGAUCCCACGCUUGGUGUACUACUGGUCUUUCUCUGUGUACCCGUAUGGAGACUACUCUGAAAACACCAUGGAGGGCUACAUCAACAGCACCUUGUCCAUAUUCAACAUUGAGGACUUCUCCAACACGAGCAAGCCUGAGAAAACACCUUACUGGUUCAAUAACAUCACCACCUGCAGGUAUCGAGAUUUCCGGUAUCCUCCUGGGCACCCCAAGGAAUAUGAGUACAGUAUCUAUUACUGGCAUGUGAUUGCUGCCAAAUUGGCUUUUAUAAUUGUUGUAGAGCACAUUGUUUACCUUACCAAGUUCAUCCUGUCCUACAUAAUCCCAGACGUCCCAGACGCCGUCAAGGAGCAAAUCAAGCGAGAGAAAUACUUGACCCAGGUUAUCCUCCACGAGACCAACCUCAAGCUGGUGACCAAGCAUUUGAAACCAGUCACCGACAAGUUCCUCGAUAGUACGAACAUGAACCUGUCAAAAGAGGGGCUGGAUCUUGACUUCUAACGACAAACAAAGCAGGGCUCCCGUGCACAACUGGAACAUCUGGGACUCUGUGAAAAUGAGAUUUCCAGGUUUUAAUGUUCGGUGAACAUCAAAAAAAGCUGAUACAUACAUUAUACGGCACACUUUUGUAGAUUUUUGUUGUGAAGAAUCGUUUUUAUUUGCAGAGCGACAGUCACGGCUGAACUGCUAUCAACAUAUAUCAUAAUACAUACUGACCAAAACCAUACAGAUCACUCACAAGAUGAAGACCUGGAAGGACGUCUUGUUAUUUUGAAGUGGACGAUGUAAAGAUGGAGAUGGAAAGCUUUCCUAAAUCUGCCCGUCUCUUGGAGUGUCUUUUUUUUUUUUUUU